UUUGCUUCCAGCCUCCGUUCCUUUCUUCAUGGCCUCGGGCGUCCUCUCCCGGCUGCACCAAGUGGUCAUCUGAACAGUAUUCGGGGCAAGACUCGGGUUGUUGUCCGGCAAACCUCUUGUUUGUUCACAGCCCUCCAAUCCCAUCCAGAGUCGUCGAGCCAUCCCCGCGCCUCCUCCGAGACUAGCCUGCAUCACCGAUUUCAUUGAUCGACCGCAGCACACAAACCGAUCCCUUGCCCUACAUCGUGCCAUCAGGGGCACCAGCAUUCCUGGACACCCACAUCGGGCCAAUGGUCGCCGUCCCCCGGACGCCCGUCAGGAGCGGCCCGGAAUUGAGUCAGCUGAUUGAUUCCAUCAACGACGAGUUCGGCCUCGAUAUUCCCAAUCCGCGUCUCUACUCGCCUUCGGUCGGACGGAACGACAAGUCGCUCGCGUGGCGCAGUUACCGCGGAAUCCAGCGCCUCUACUUCGAUCGCAAUGUGGAUCUGAACCAAAUCCUGAACAACCUCGAGGAGUGGGUAUUGUCCCAUUCCACAACCCGGGGCCAUGGCAUCAAUCACUGGGGACAUGUACCCGGGUCGUUCGCAAGCUUGUCGGGGAGAAAUGAACGUGGACAUACGAUCUUGUCGUUGUAUGAGAAGGAGGAGCGUCUGAGAUAUCUCGUCCGAUUGAUCGAGGACGAGGUGUAUCUCCUAAACAAGGGCUCUUUUACGGCUUUCAGGGAAGAAGAUGAACAUGAACUUCAAGAUGAACAUCCAGAGGUGCCGUCAGCUACAACAACUAGGUCUUUGAAGAGACGACUCUCGGUAGAGGAGGAGGAAUUCCACACCGCUCCAAAUUCCCCAGUCAAGGAUCCGGAUAGACCCGACAACGUUGCGAUUGCGAUAGGCCCGGAGCAGUUCUACGAUCUGGGCAUCAGGGGCCCUAAUGGAGGCAUGGUGGAUCUUCAGCCGACUACAGCGGCGUCUGUGCAUAUCUUCAAGAGUCCCAAGAAGCCGGACACGGCGCAGAAGCCGUCGAGGUUCGUGGAGCGACUGACUGCCCCGGAUAAUGUCCGGCUUUUCGACGCGGUGCAGCCCGCUCAGGACAGUGCGAAUUUCAGCUUCUCAACCACGGUGCCUGCCUUCUCCUCUGGGUUUCUCAGUUCGCGAAAUGGGCCAUAUAAUACCUCUUUUACUUCGACGGUCACCGAUCCAAUCAUGGAUAAUGAGUCGAUGUAUGGGGAGUCUGUGGUGGGACAUAUGAUGAGCGAUGAGAUGAGAACGACCUUCGAUCAACAGACAUUGCCGUCGUACAUACAAGAGCCGCGUUACUCUCUCGAGGGAGAGAUCAUGGGCGAGCUUCUCCACAACGGACCGUUCACCUUGGACCAGGAAUUCCCCAGCUCGGUCCCUCUUCGGUACCGGUACGAGAUGGAGAGGGUGGCCCGGACCUGGGAUAUCCCCUUGGACCGCAUACUUCGCGGGACCACCAUCUCCUUCAAGGCGCUCGAUGACUUCUGGCAGUGGAUCGCGGGCCACAAUCAACGGGAUGGGAAACGACUCCCCGAGAAGCCGAGUCGCAAGGCCUGGGACGCAGCUAUUGGCAACUUCAAGACUAGCAACCAUUCCGAGGCGGUGGUUCUCACGGGGGAGCUGGAGUGGUGCGCUGAGUCCGAACCGGGAAUCUUGAAAAUGAAGCUGAACCCUCUGAAGACCGAGCGCACCUGUCGCUUCCACCGUCGGUUUGGAUCCGAUCGCUUUCUUAGCCUGACUAUACCCGCCCCGGCGCGGCCGCCACCGCAUCUUCGACUCACUUCCCAGCCGACCCUUCUGCGCGAGAGUCUGGCUCUGUGGCUGACACAGAAUGUGCACCGGUGCCUGGGAAGGAUGUGGAAGCCAUUCUUUGUGGAGGAGGUCAAGUCCAAGCGCAAGAUCAAGUCGGAGCCGAAAUUCCGGGUCGACUUCUUCGCCAUUGAUGGGAUUGAUUUCGAUCAUGGUGUACGUCCGGUGCCUCCUAUCGCUCCUCAUGGGCAGGAAAGUGGAAAUCACACGCCAAUGAGCCUCGACGCGCUUAUUGACUGGCACAUGCCUUCUGAGGCAAACCGGGGCCAAUCCAACUGCAAAUUGUUCCAGCGUUUCUCCUUGGGGCUUUCGAAGACCUUUGCUACGGUGGUGUUGAAACCACGGCAAGUCUUCCCGCUACCCGAUGAUCCUGACUCCCCGGUUAUGAACGAUGGGUGCGCCCUGAUGUCCAGAGCCAUGGCCAACCAGAUCUGCGACUCUUUGGGGCUGACGGGAAAUACCCCGAGCUCCUUCCAGGGCCGCAUUGCGGGAGCCAAGGGGUUGUGGAUGGUCGACCGACAUCAGUCCCACAUCUCCGCUGGCGGGGAUAACAUAUGGAUUCAGAUAUCCGACUCGCAGUUGAAGAUCAAGCCGCACCCGCACGAGUGGCGGGGCCUGGUGGAUGAUGAGCAGCUCACAUUCGAGGUUGUCAAGUGGUCCAAACCGUUGCAUCCCGUAGAUUUGAAUACCCAGCUGUUGGCAAUCCUGGACCACGGUGGGCAUGUCAAAGAGCAUAUUGCAGACCUAACCCGAUUGGGGAUCCAAGGGGUCUAUCGAGACUUUGAGGAGGUCCUCAGGUCGGACAGUCCGGUGCUUUGUCGCAGUCUGAUCCAGAAGAUCCGGCCAUCGGCAGACGAUGGCUUUGGCUUGAUGUCCCAGAAAGCCCGGCGCUUUGAACAGUGGACGGCAAAUGACGCGGAAUGCGUAAUUCGACUCACCGAAGCCGGCUUUAGUCCCCGGAGCUUCUAUCCCCUGCGCAAACGACUGGGGAGGUGUCUCCGAGAUCUACUGGAGCGGUAUGUGGAUGAAUUGCAUAUUGAAGUGCCCCUUUCGACCUACGCUUUCUGCAUCGCGGAUCCAUACCAUGUGCUGAAAGAGGAUGAGGUGCAUUUUGGCUUUUCGAACAACUGGCGUGAUGGGGAGGGUCAAUUUGAAGAUAAUCUGCUAGAUGGCAUCGAUGUGCUUGUUGGACGUCUUCCGGCACAUCUUCCGUCCGACAUCCAACGCCGACGGGCCGUGUGGAAACCCGAGCUUCGACAUUUCAAGGACGUUAUCGUGUUCCCCAGUGUGGGCAAGGUUCCGUUGGCACAUAUGCUCUCGGGUGGCGAUUACGACGGCGAUACUCCCUGGAUCUGCUGGGACCAGAAUAUAGUCCGCAACUUCUACAACACGGAUCUCCCGGGCGUGGAGUUUCCCCCGGAGCACUUUGGUCUCACGAAGCAUUCUGUUCCCAUGCGCGACAUCCAGUCGAAGGAUGAGUUCCUCCAGAGCGCGUUCACGUUCAACCUGACGCUGUCCAAUCUGGGACGCUGCACGGUCGAGCACGAGAAGAUUGCCUACGAUGAGUCGAUCGACUGCAAGAAGGCCAAGGAGCUCGCCUGUCUCCUGAGCCACUUGGUAGAUGGGCGCAAAGGGGGCGUCCAUCUCUCGGAGAAGGCAUGGCAGCAAUACCGCAAGCGGAUCAGCCCGCGGGUUCGCGAACUGCCCGCGUACAAGAACCCCGAGCGCAAGCAUAAGCGCACCAACAUCAUCGAUUAUCUCCGAUUCGAUGUAGCGCGCGAGGAGAGACACAGGGCAUUGCGACAGAUGGAAGAAGCCUUUCCUGAGGCAGAGACCUCUCGCAGCCGCGACGAGGAUCUGGUCCAGCCGUGGAAAGAUGCCCGAGAUCAGGCCAAAUCCGACAAGCAGGAGAGCAGGCAGUUAUAUGUCGCCCUCCGAGGCAUGGCGGCGGCGAUCAAGAGAUUUUACGACCAAUGGUCCAACGCCAUCGGAGGAGGACAGGCUUCCUUCUCGCCGUUGGCGCUGGAAGCCGCCGAGGAGGCCCGCGCCAUCCCUCCCCCAGAGGGCGAUCAUCCCCUGAUCCACGCAUGGCAGCACUGUCGCGACGAGUGGCUCCGCGUGCUGGCGUCGUAUACAUAUCAGCAACAUCCCCACUCCAGUUUCGUGAUUCAUGCUUUCGGUGAGACGCUGUGCCAGAUCAAGACGAGUACCCGGCCGGCGCGGUCGGUGACGAACGAGAUCCUGGCGUGCUAUCGCGUCAACCAGAAGGUCAUUAAGCAGUUGACAGCGCGGGACGCCGAAGAGGAAGAUGAUACGAAUGGCGAGGAUGAGUACGAGGGACAUGAGGCCAUUGAAGCGAUGCUGUUUGGGCUGCGGCCGUCCGCAGGAUACUUUGAUCCGGAUGAUGGGAUGUCAGUGGAAUAAAGGACUGGGAUUGAUAUUGGGUUUGGGUUUGGGAUCUACAUUGGUACAUGUUAUCGGAUGGAACUAUUGAAGCAUUUGUGCUGUAUAUGAUUGGGAUGAGACAUGCAGAUGCCUUAACUGGGUUGGAUACUGCACACUUUCUUACCUUACUCGUUGAUUGGCCAGGUGGUUACCGAAUCAGGCCUCGUCACGAGGGCUUAGUAAUAGCCACGCCCGGAACGGCGAUCAUGUGGCACGGCCCCUAUGAAGCAGGCGGUGGGGCGGCGCAGAAUCAUGACGCGGCAUCACAUGCUCGGCAGGAUUGACACGAUGGAUGGUGGAUGGUG